CUUGGACCUUGGAUUUUCUCGAGAUGGGUCAAAAUUGCAACAUUGUUGACGCUGGUUUCUCUUCAUGCCCUUGUUUCGUUUCUAAUUUGAAUAUGAACAGUACAGCCAACAUGGAAUAACACAGGGUAACAUCCUUUUGCAAUUAUGGAGGCCCAGUAGCCUUUGGUAGCAUUGUUAGGCUACACUUGGCUUGGUUUGAGCUUGGGAUUCAAGUAGAAGUUAACAACCAGGCUCAGAUCAACUCUCCUCAACACUGGUUGCUUAAAGUUUGCUGACACUGCUUCUCUAGGACCCCAAGAUGCAAAUACAUCAACAGGUUCCUUCAUCUCAAGAAUCCAGCUACACAUUUUUCCUGUUGUUAAAUCCAACAAUUUAACAGCUCAUCAAAAACCUGUAAAAGGAAAAAAAAAUCAAAAGUCAUGACGAAUACCAAGUUGGACAGCGACUGCACGCCACGCUGUCGCUCUACAAAGUGCGCAGCUAACUUGAUCUCUGUAAUAACACGAGGGACAACUCAUCAGAUCAAGUGUUACUUCAACACCUGCCAGAAUGCCUCGCAUGUGUCUGACAGGUUUGGCCGCAACGCCUUGCACAUGGCAGCAUCUUGCGGCAAGUUUGAGAUUGUGGAUUGGUUGUUGUUGGAGAAGCAUGCAAGUCUUAGUGCCGAGGAUCUGGAGUCAGGUUGGACGGCACUGCAUCGCAGUAUCUUCCAUGGGCAGGUCAUAGCUGCAGUUUACCUCAUUCAUCAUGGAGCCAGCUUGGAGAAACACGACAAUGAGAACCUGACAGCUCUAGAACUUGCCAUGAAGGAUCACCCUAAGUAUGCACAGUAUGAUCUGCAUGGCCCUAGCCAGGUGUAUACAUGGGGAAGCAAUGCUAACUUCACCUUGGGCCAUGGUAGAGGACAGAGUCGAAGCCAGCCAGAUAUUGUGGACCAGCUAAAGAAAGAUGAGCAGAGCAUCAAACAAGCAGUGAUGUGUAAAUUCCACACAGUGUUUCUGAGCCAGUGUGGUAGGGUCUAUACCUGUGGACUUGGACAAGGAGGACGUCUUGGUCAUAACAAUGAGGAGGUUUGUCUGAAACCACACCCUGUGAAUGCUAUGGAGAAGAAGGUGUGUGAAACUGUAGCUGCAGCAAGAGACCACACUAUGUUCCUGUUGGAUGAUGGUACAGUUUACUCCUGUGGUCAGAAUAGCCACCAUCAGCUUGGCCAUUCCUCACUGGGUGUUAAGGCUCUCACACCAAAACUCAUCUCUAGUAAACAGCUUAAGAAUAAGAGCAUUGUAGGUGUGGCUGCAGGGCGUUUCCAUUCAGUCAUGUACACCAAGGAGGCUCUGUUUACCUUUGGAUUGAAUGCUGGACAACUUGGGCAUGUCAAAGGUGAGAAGUACAUUGUCUUCCCACGUCAUGUAACCACCCUGCAUCAUGACAAAGUGCAUCUGAUUCAUGUUACAACAAGUGAUGCUGCAACAGUGUGUGCAACAUUAGCAGGAGACAUCUAUGUACUGAAUGAGUACCAAUGUCGUAAAGUUGCAUCCAAACAGCUGAAUUUGCUGAAGGUUGUUGCCUGUGGAGGAUCAUUGGAUUCUGAUCUUGGUGAAGGAUCAAUAGAGAAACAUGGAGGGACUGAGCUGAUCUUAUUAGUCCUCAAUCAAAGUGGAUUGGUGCACAGUUGGCGAUCUAGCAGCCGUACCCUCAAACGUUGUAUGUGGAACCGUAAACGUCAAGUCUACAUGUCUGACAUCGCACUGAGUAGUCAAGGAGUCCUCUUCUGCACAGAGGAUGGAGAAGCUUUCUCUGGGAGGUUCCUCUUAAAAAAGAAACUAACAUCUCCAAGCAAUACCAAAGAUACAACUCAGCAUACCGUCACCCCCCAGCACCCUGCCUCUCCCCCACCCAUGGGGGAGACAAUAUCACCUUUUAAAGAUUGGUCUGGAAAUCCUGAAGAGACGGAGCGUGUUAGUCUAAAUAGACUCCCUGUAGUACACAGAGCUACACGGGUAGCAUGUGAACCUAAUGGCUUGAACUUUGCCGUCAUCCAAGCGGACCCUAAAGCCAGUUUAACUGAGGUACCCAUGGUAGGGCCAUCUGUGAUAGUCAAGCAUAUGUCCCAGCUAUUGGCAGAGGGAGAUCCAACUGACCCUAUACAUGAUGUCAUUAUUAAGGUUGGUCACAAGACGAUAGCAGCUCACAAAUAUAUCCUAGCACUACGCAGUGAUUACUUCCGCUGCCUCUUCCUUCAAACUCCGCCCUCUAACACCACACCAAGCAACACCAUGGCAGUCCUCCCUGAUGAAGUACACAACGUCUCAGACAAAACUGACUUCCAGACUCUGACUCAUCUUCUCCAAUACAUCUACACAGAUACAUGCGAUGUAUUCAACCCAGGCUACGGUCAUCACACACCAGGGGUGUCAUUAACUUCAUCAGAUUUCAAUGUCAGUGAUGACUUUGGCAACUUGACUCUGAAUGACCACAACAGGAACAGAUCUGCAUUUGGAGUUUACAGAGAAGAAAGGGAGAAAGGCGGCAGGAAGGAUGGACGGAAGGAUAGGGGGAAGAAAACAAAGAAAGGAGGGAAGAAGUCUGAUGAGAUUGAUGCCAUGAUUCCAGUGAGGAAUUUGAUUGAAGUAGCUAAGAAGUUUGGUGUUGGAUCCCUAGUAAAAAGGUUGGAUCAGGUCAAAUACAGAGAUGGUCGCCUGCAGAAUUUCCGACCAAGCUCAAAGAGGCUUGGUUUCAACCGACGGCAACUCUCGCAGUUGGUUGAUGUGGUGCUCUCUUCUGAAGAAGGAAUCCUAUUCCCAUGUCAUAAGUGUAUACUGGUUGCCAGACUUGAGUAUUUCCAGGGCAUGUUAGGAUCAGGCUGGAUUGAGGCCUCGUCAAGUGACCCAUUGAAGAUGCCCAUUCCUUCAGCCAUGUUGUCUAUUAUACUGGAGUAUAUCUACACUAAUGAUGCACCGAUGGUUAGAUCAUGUACUGAUAUAGAGUUACUGUGUAACACACUGACAUUGUCUGAUCAGCUGCUCAUUGGUCGACUCAAGGAGAUAUGCGAGGUGGCUCUUGUUGAUCUAAUUUCCCUGAGGAAUGUGGCUGAGCUUCUUGAGUUUGCAUCUCUCCAUCGAGCUGAGCAACUCCAAAAGACUUGUCAUCAGUAUAUUGGUCUGAACUUACCAUGUUUACUGGAAGCGAGGGCGCUGGAGGUACUGAGCAAUGAUGUACUGCUGCAACUCACAAAGACUUAUAAAGAAAUGAUUCCAUCCAUGCCUUAUCGCAUUAUCACUCCAUACCAAGACGCACCAGACAUCACUUACAUACAAGAGGAACCAUCCAUAAACAACAACAGCUCCACUAAUGUCAAAGAUCAAGAGGUAAGUGAUAUGAUCACUUUCGACCAAGGGAACUUUGACGAGAUCAUCAGAAAGGCGAAAGCGAGGAGGAAAAUCGGACGAAGAACGAGCACUGGCAAGAGGAAGAGUUUAUCCUUCAGCAAUUCCAAAGAUAACUUGGAUGUUGCGGCACUACCUGAUGUGAUUCCCAGAACUGGUGCCAUGGAAACAGACGACUUACUGAAAGAGAUGGACCUUAGUGAAGAUGGCGACAGCCUCUUGAAACACAGCUCAAUACCUUCUUCGUCAGACUCAUUCCAAGACGGUGUCUCCAAAACAGAACAGAAAGAAACUCCGGAAUCCAACAUGGAUGCAUUACAAACGAGCACUCCUGAACUUCAGACAGGAGUUACACGGAGCCCAGAGGGGCAGUGGGUGAGGAAAGAAAGGUCAGAGGUCAUAACUGUCAAGCGAACAACAAGCUUUUCAAUGGACUUUGAUGAGAACCAGCAGAAGGGAUGGCAGAGUCCUAGUAUGCCAGAUGUGACUGGAGUAGACCUCCGCACCAUCAUGCAAUCAGAGGCAUCCUUAUCAACGUCUCCCCGGAAGAUCCCCUCCUCCCAAAGAGUCAACGCACAUGUAGCUAAGAAGUCACAGAAACAACGCAAGAAGGAUUCAGAAAGGGCAGCAGAUAGUGUGACAUCACCAACCAUUCCAUCUCCCAUUGAGGAAAAGAAAUCAGUGUGCCCAUGGGGGCGUACACCCGUCAGUUCCUCAUCCUCGACAUCAUUUAGAGAACUACAGGUAGAACAGCAAAAACUCAAAGGAAGUGCCUCAUCAGUAACCAUGGCAACAUCACCACCUUCAAAGUCCAGGAAAGUUGCCCAACAGUUCAGUUUUGGAAUUGUAACUCACACCAGGCAAGCCUCGGAGUCUGAUCACAUCACAUCAGAUGUUGCAAGCCCUCUUGAGGCCAUUCAUGUGGAGGUGCCUGAAAAUCCAUGGAUUCUUGGCGCCAGCUCUCCUCCAGCCAGUCAAGUCAGCUUCUCUGAGAUUAUCAAGAAAGAAAAUGAGCAGCAAGAAUCACUUACUAAGACACUCAAGAAACCAUUCUCACUCAUUCAGAUUGAAGAGAAGGCUUUGGAAGAACUACGUGCCUUUUACCGCACCCAGGACAACAUGGAUGAGUUCAUCACUGUAGAGAGAGCCUCUAAAGUCAUUGCUACUCCCCUAUGGAAGAAAGAUCAAGACAAUAGCUGACAAGUUUUAUACACAACUAUAGUAAUGUUUUUGGGUGGACAGUCAAAACGAGCUCACCUUGGUAACGGAAGUUGACAACUAGCUCUCGAGGCAAAGCUGAAGGAACUAGUUUGUCAACUUCCAAUACUUUGGGAGCUCAUAUCAAUGGUCAAUUCUAAAUAAACAAUAAACUGGACAUCCAUUGUAGCUACAGAACUUGGCUCCCAUACUGUAACUAUUGAUUUUGUGUUUAAAAAAAGCCAGACAUCAAUUUUGUCCGUUUCUCUUUUUUCAAGAACAAUGUAUGUAUGACAUACAGGGGCGUUGCCAGGGUAUAUUCUUUAGGAGAGGUGUUGAAGCCACUUUGGUGACCGACAAUUAUUU